AUGUUGCUAAAAGUGGACUUGCAGUGCUUGAUCGAUGCACUUGUCAAAGAAUCUUCUAAUGAAAACCUUCUUGAACGCGUGAAAAUCAUGUGGUCCACUACAGACACAAGAGGUAUCCAUCUUUCAUUAAUUCGUCAAGAGGUUUACAUGAUGAGAAAAGAACAUGAUGGCUCCUUUCGUUUACAUAACACCCUUCGUACCUAUCUUCCAGAAACUUCUCAUCGAUUACGCCGUCCUAUCUAUAUGUAUGUGGAACGAAGUACUGGAAGAAUUAUUAUGGUGGGUCGACUUAUGUGUCAAGUGUUCUCGAAGGAUGGAAAGGCAAUAAUACGUGACAAGGAUGAUGAGAACGAUUCUGUCCAACCAUUUCGAUUCUUGAGAUGUUAUGCUACUGGUGAUUUUUGUGUGAAUGAAUUGACUGGAGAAUUAUAUAUAUUUGGAUCUGGUGAUGAUUGUUUUGGAAUUUUCAAGUAA